AUGUCUGCUGACAGCGUCGAUGCGGCUGUGCCGAAUUUAAACCUCAACGCCGAAGAGAAGCGCCUGUACGGUCAACUCUUUCGGCAGGCCGACUCGGACAGCGUCGGUGUUGUCACCGGAGAGACGGCAGUGAAGUUCUUCGAGAAGACAAGACUCGAUUCGAGAAUACUGGGAGAGAUAUGGCAGAUAGCAGACAAGGAGAACCGAGGCUUCCUGACCCCUGCCGGCUUCGGUCUGGUGCUGCGGCUCAUUGGUCACGCCCAGGCUGGACGAGAACCGACGCCAGAGUUGGCCCUACAGCAGGGACCACUACCGCGCUUCGAUGGCUUGCCCCCUCCCGCAGGUUCUCUUGCAUCUCCGACUCCUCCCCCUGCCGCUGCUCUUCAGGCGCAAAGCACCGGAGGAGGCCCCAUCCGAAUUCCUCCUUUGACCCCUGAGAAGGUCAACCAGUAUGCCGGCUUGUUCGAGCGUCAGCCGCUUCAAGCUGGCAACCUGCUUCCUGGUGACCAGGCCAAAUCUAUCUUUGAAAAGUCGGGCCUGCCGAACGAGGUGCUGGGUAGAAUAUGGCAGUUGGCCGAUACCGAGCAGCGCGGGGCCUUGGUCUUGACAGAAUUUGUAAUUGCUAUGCAUUUGCUUACGUCUAUGAAGACCGGCGCGCUAAGAGGUCUUCCCAAUAUUCUUCCCGCCGCCCUCUACGAAGCUGCGACCCGCCGUGGACCUGUCGCGCCUCGUCAGUCGCCUACGGGCACCGGACCAAUAUCUGCAAUCCCCCGGCAAAUGAGUGGUUCGGCCCAGUUUCGCGCAGGCAGUCCUCUUGGACGCCCACCGAUUACCGCCCAGACGACUGGUACACCGGGAAGCGACUGGCUGAUCACUGCGGCUGACAAGGCCCGGUUUGACGCGCUUUACAAUGACCUUGACAAGUCCCAAAAGGGCUUCAUCACCGGCGAAGAGGCUGUCCCCUUUCUAAGCCAAUCCAAUCUCCCAGAGGAUGCUCUGGCCCAGAUCUGGGAUCUCUCAGACAUCAACUCAGAGGGUCGACUGAACCGGGAUACCUUUGCAGUUGCGAUGUAUCUGAUCCGCCAGCAAAGGAGCAGACGAGAUGGCUCGACUGCUCUGCCAACAGCGCUUCCUCCUAACUUGAUUCCUCCCAGCUUCCGAACCCAGCCGCGACCUACAACGUCAGGCUCACCAUUUGACGCGCCGCCUCAGGUCCAGCCCCAACCACCGGCCCCGGCCCCGGCCUCGGCUCCUCCGAAAUCUGCCCUUGAUGACUUGUUUGGCCUAGACACCCCGCCCGCUCCGGCACCCGCUCAAGUCGCCCUUUCAACCGGCGGAUCAACAGCUAAUGACCCAUUUGGGUCUGGUUCGGCAGUUCUGGCCCCAUCUUCCCCCAUCCGGCCCUCUCCCACCGGCAACCAGUUCAAGCCUUUUGUGCCGUCCUCUUCUUUUGGCCGCGGCCUCACAGCGCAGCCUACAGGAGAUUCGAAUUCUGGCAAGCCCUCCGCUGUGUCCGCAGCUGAGGACCUUCUCGGCGAUGGUGACCCUGAAGUCAGCAAAAAGCUUACGAACGAGACUGCUGAAUUGGCGAAUCUGUCAAAUCAGGUCGGCUCGCUUUCUAAGCAGAUGCAGGAGGUUCAGGGCCAGCGUACCUCCACACAGAAUGAUCUCAACCAAGCCAAUUCGCAGAAGAAGAAUUUCGAGCAACGGCUGGCUCAACUUCGCACAAUGUACGAGAAAGAAGCAAAGGACGUGGAGGCGUUGCAGGUGCAGCUGAACACGUCGAGAAACGAAACAAAGAAGCUCCAAGCCGAGUGUAUGACGCUGGACGGGACUUACAGAGACCUGCAGAACCAGCACCAGCAAGUUUUGGCUGGAUUCCAGGCUGACCAGCAAGAGAACGCCAAUCUCAAGGAGAAGAUCCGCGCCGUCAACGCCGAGAUCGCCCAGUUGAAGCCUCAGAUUGAGAAGCUCAAAUCUGACGCCCGACAGCAAAAAGGACUCGUCGCUAUAAACAAGAAACAACUGGUUACGAACGAGGGUGAGCGUGAUAAGCUUCAGUCAGAAGUCGCUGAUCUUUCCAGGAGCAACGAGGACUUGUCUCGACAAAUCAACACCAGCUCCCCAGUGGCAACGUCUGCUCAAGUCGCAAGCCCUGCGCCCUCGACCGCGAGCGGAAACAAUCCCUUCUUCCGUAGAACAGGAAGUACUGACAUUAUGGGUACAUUCACCUCGCCGCCGCCAGCCAAGCCAUUCAGCGGCGAUAAGUCUUUUGACGAUGUCUUUGGCCCGGCGUUCCCUCCUCCCACAUCGACAAGCACACCACCACCUGCUCCAUCGUUCAAGCCCCAGCACACAGGGGCAUCGACUGCUAGCUUGGGCUCGUACUCAAAUCCCCCUGUCCCCACAUCACCCAUUGCCAGCCGCCAGGCUACUCUCGCAAGUGAACCUCCCGCCCCGCCUGAAUCACGACAGAUUAGCUCGAGCUUCCUUCCGUUCCCGGAGGCCUCCGAAUCCCUUACGUCUUCUCGGGCCGUGUCACCCCCUGCCUCUCGUGCUGAUGGGUCUGGAGACACUCCCACUGCGACCUCAUUGCCCGGGGCAUUCCCCAUCGAGCCUACAACCACGGGACAGAGCACCGCCUCGACUUCUACCGCAAGCAACGCUGAGCCGCAGGAGCCUGCGGCUCAAGGUGGUGCGCAGCCGUCAGGCGAGGGCGCGACAGCUGGAACUGAAGUCGGAGCAGUCGACGCAUCGAACCCAGACCCAUUUGCGGCAAUGGAUCAGGACAAGGCCAAGGCUGACUUCGAUAACGCUUUUGCAAGCUUCACAAACGCGCACAAGAGCUCAGACAAGCCUGGUGCUGACGGCGCCAAAUCUUUUUCGGCAUUCGAUUCUGAAUUCCCUCCAAUUUCUGAGCUUGACCGCGACGAUGACGAAUCUGAAAGUGCAAGCGAGCGUGGCGGUUUCGACGAUGACUUCGCACCAGCGUCUCCUCAAGCCAAAAAGGUCGAUGAUCCUAAGGGUGCCACGUCCCCCCCACCGACGGCUACUGCUGUUGCUCCUGCUCCCACGGUUGAAAGCUCUGCGCCCACUGCAUCGUCUGCUGAGCCCCAAGCCGCCCCUGUUGCUAUGUCUACAACCCCGGAGGCCCCGGCGACAUCGGAAGCUGAAGCUGUUGAGACGACUGCUCCUGCCGCCUCCGCACCGAAGCCGCAGUCCUCCUUUGAUGACCUCGAUGAUGAUUUCGAGGGUCUCGAGGAUGCCAAGGAAGGCUCUGCCGAUGAUGACUUCCAGACAAUCUCCAGAUCUGGUCUCGAUGACUUCAACCCUGUCUUCGACAGCAGCCCCCCUCCAAGCCAGGUCAAGACAGAACCCACUGCUUUCGGGCACGAAAGUAGUUACGACUUUGGCGCUGUGUCCCCUAACCCUGCCCCUGGCAGCACUAACGGUGCGGGCACGAAGAGUGCAACGGUGCCAGAUGCGCAGGACUGGGAUGCCAUUUUUGCUGGCCUGGACUCUCCCAGUGCCGCCAACGCAGACAAGGGUGCAGAAAUCCCUCCUGCGACUUCAGACUCCCGACCUACACCUGGCCGUGCUUUGACCAGAGAUGGGGAGCAUGACGACCCCAUCUUGAAGAACCUCACGAGCAUGGGCUACUCAAGAGAAGAUUCCCUUCUCGCACUCGAGAAGUAUGACUACAAUCUGGAGAGGGCCGCCAACUUCCUUGCCAGCCAAUCAUAA